AUUUCCACCGCGGAGAGUGUGCGGCUCCGCUCACACAGAGCAAUGCGAUGAUAAAAAAACCGCAUAUGCGGUAAGGCUACACACCUACCAGGCAGGGAAAUAUCCACCAAACAGCCUCACUCUGUUUUCUCACACCGCAGCAACUACUCACAUCGGAACCUGAAGUGCCAGCAGUACCAUGUCCAAGCCAACGGGGGGCGUCCCCAACGAUGUCACCCGCUUCCUGUCGUCGGGCGUGACCCCAAACUCUCCCUCCGCCAACUCCCCGAUGUUCUCUGCCGCCAGCCAGGCCGACUGGGCGGCCAAGAGGCUGGUGUGGGUGCCGUCGGAGAAGCAUGGCUUCGAGUCGGCCAGCAUUCGGGAAGAGCGUGGCGAUGAGGUGGAGGUGGAGCUCACAGACAGCCAGCGGAAGCUGACCCUGUCCAGGGAGGAGGUGCAGCGGAUGAACCCUCCACGCUUCAGCAAGGUGGAGGACAUGGCCGACCUCACCUGCCUCAAUGAGGCCUCUGUGCUGCACAACAUCAGAGAGCGAUACUACUCAGGCCUGAUCUAUACUUAUUCGGGGCUGUUCUGUGUUGUGGUGAACCCAUACAAACACCUGCCUAUCUACACAGAGUCCAUUGUGGAGAUGUAUCGUGGAAAAAAGCGCCACGAAAUGCCCCCACACAUCUACGCCAUAUCAGAGGCGGCCUAUCGCAGCAUGCUGCAAGAUCGAGAAGAUCAGUCAAUCCUUUGCACAGGUGAAUCUGGAGCUGGGAAAACAGAAAACACCAAGAAAGUCAUCCAGUAUUUGGCUCACGUUGCCUCGUCUCAUAAAGGAAGCACUUUGGGUAGAAACAAGGAACCUGUGCAGAUGGAUGGUUCUCGGUCCCUAACAAGAGGCAGCACGUUGGUGAACAGGGGUGAGCUGGAGAGACAGCUGCUGCAGGCUAACCCCAUACUGGAAGCUUUUGGAAACGCCAAGACUGUUAAGAACGACAACUCCUCUAGAUUUGGCAAAUUCAUCCGCAUUAAUUUUGACGUUGCGGGGUACAUAGUCGGCGCCAACAUUGAGACCUACCUUCUUGAAAAGUCUCGGGCUACCCGUCAGGCCAAGGAUGAGAGGACCUUUCAUAUCUUUUACCAGUUGUUGUGCGGAGCUUCAGAGGAAACUAGAGCGGAAUUGCUCCUUGGAAGUGCGGAUGAAUAUCGUUUCCUCAGCGGGGGCUCCAUCCCUGUUCCUGGUCAGAGCGAUUCAGAUAAUUUCACUCAGACCAUGGACUCUGUGGCGAUAAUGGGCUUCACCCCCGAGGAGUCCGUGUCCAUGCUAAAGGUGAUCUCUGCUGUGCUGCAGUUUGGAAACAUAUCCUUCACAAAGGAAAAGAACCAUGAUCAGGCCUCCAUGCCCGACAACACGGCCGCUCAGAAGCUCUGCCAUUUGCUGGGCAUCAAUGUGCUCGAGUUCACCCGGGCCAUUCUCACUCCGAGGAUCAAAGUCGGGAGAGAAUACGUGCAAAAAGCCCAGACAAAAGAACAGGCUGACUUUGCCAUAGAGGCGCUGGCAAAGGCAACAUAUGAGCGCCUGUUCAGGUGGCUGGUCCACAGGAUAAACAGAGCCCUGGACCGCAGGCAGAGACAAGGAGCUUCCUUCAUCGGCAUCCUUGAUAUAGCUGGAUUUGAGAUCUUCCAGCUGAACUCCUUUGAGCAGCUUUGCAUCAACUACACUAACGAGAAGUUGCAGCAGCUCUUCAACCACACCAUGUUCAUCCUGGAGCAGGAGGAGUAUCAGAGAGAGGGCAUCGAAUGGAACUUCAUCGACUUCGGCCUUGACCUGCAACCCUGCAUCGACCUUAUUGAGAGACCGGCUCACCCACCAGGUGUUCUGGCCCUGCUGGAUGAAGAGUGCUGGUUCCCUCGGGCGACUGACCGUACAUUUGUGGAGAAGCUCUGCUCCGAACAAGGCAGCCAUUCAAAGUUCUACAAAUCAAAGCAGCCACGCGGGGAAGCCGACUUCUCCAUAAUUCACUAUGCCGGAAAGGUGGACUACAAAGCAAACGAUUGGUUGAUAAAGAACAUGGAUCCCUUAAACGACAAUGUUGCAUCUCUUCUCCAUCAGUCGUCUGAUCAUUUUGUGUCUGAACUGUGGAAAGAGGACAUUCAAACUCUUCCUCGUGUUUACUUCUUUGACUCCUAUGCCACUCUACAGACUAAUGGCUCCGACAUCGACAGGAUAAUAGGUCUGGACCAGGUGUCCACAGGAGAGAGCAGCGGGACGGUCCCAUUUGGAGCCGCUGGGCUGAAGACGAAGAAGGGAAUGUUUCGGACUGUAGGUCAGCUCUACAAGGAGUCCCUCACGAAGCUGAUGGCCACGCUCAGGAAUACCAACCCCAACUUCCUGCGGUGCAUCAUCCCCAACCACGAGAAGAGGGCUGGUAAACUAGCACCGCACCUUGUUUUGGACCAGCUGAGGUGUAACGGUGUUCUGGAGGGAAUCCGUAUCUGCAGGCAGGGAUUCCCUAACCGUAUCCCAUUCCAGGAGUUCAGACAGAGAUACGAGAUUCUAACACCCAACGCUAUCCCUCGCACCUUUAUGGAUGGCAAACAGGCCUCAGAGCUCAUGAUCAACGCCUUGGAGCUGGACCCCAACCUGUACCGGGUGGGUCAGAGCAAAGUCUUCUUCAGAGCCGGAGUCCUGGGUCACCUGGAAGAGGAGAGAGACCUGAAGAUCACAGACACCAUCAUACGCUUCCAGAGCGCCGCCAGAGGUUUUCUUGCACGCAAGGCCUUUAUGAAGAAGCAGCAGCAGCUGAGUGCGCUGAGAGUGAUGCAGAGAAACUGUGCUGCUUACCUUAAACUCAGGAACUGGCAGUGGUGGCGACUGUUUACAAAGGUGAAGCCUUUGCUGCAGGUGACCCGACAGGAUGAGGAGAUCCAGGUCAGGGAGACGGAGCUCCACAAGGCCAAAGAAAACCUCAGCAGAGUGGAGCAGGAAUACUCUGAGCUGGACAAAAGGCACGCUCAGCUACUAGAAGAAAAGGCGGUGCUGGCCGAUCAGCUGCAGGCGGAAGCAGAGCUGUUUGCAGAGGCGGAGGAGUUGAGGGCCAGGUUAGCCAGUCGGAAGGAGGAGCUGGAGGAGGUCCUGUGCGAGAUGGAGAGUCGACUGGUGGAGGAGGAGGAGAGAGGCGUUCAGCUGGCCAAUGAGAAGAAGAGGAUGCAGCAGAAUAUACAGGACCUGGAGGAGCAGCUAGAGGAGGAGGAAGGUGCUAAACAGCGCCUCCUGCUGGAGAAGGUUUCCCUGGAAACCAAAGUGAAGAGUCUGGAGACGGACCUCCUAACUGCAGUGGAGCAGAGAGACAGACUUAGCAAGGAGAAAAAGCUGCUGGAAGAACAUCUGAGUGAAGUGACUGACCAACUCACCGAGGAGGAAGAGAAAACCAAAAGCCUCAACAAACUUAAGAACAAGCAGGAGGCCGUCAUUGCUGAUCUAGAAGAACGUCUAAAACGUGAGGAGCAGGGUCGCUUAGAGCAGGAGAAGUGGAAAAGGAGGAUAGAGAGCGACUCUCUAGAGGCCCAGGAGCAGUUGUCGGAUCUUGGCAUGGUGGUCGCUGAGCUCAGAGGGACUCUGACACAGAAAGAGAAGGAGAUAACCACCUUACAGGGCCGGUUGGAGGAAGAAGGCGCACGGCGUGCUGAAGCUCAGAGAGCUUUGAGGGAGGCCUCGUCCCAAGUUUCCGAGCUGAAAGAGGAGGUGGAGAAUGAACGAGUGAUGAGAGAGAGAGCAGAGAAACAGAGAAGAGACCUGGGGGAGGAGCUGGAAGCUCUGAGGACUGAGCUGGAGGACUCUCUGGACACAACAGCUGCACAGCAAGAGCUUAGGUCCCGGAGGGAGAUGGAGCUAAAUGAUCUUCAGCGAGGUAUUGAAGAGGAAACCCGUCGUCACGAAGCCCAGCUGUCAGAAGUCAGAAUCAAACACAACGCUGCCAUAGAAAGCCUGCAGGAGCAGCUGGACAACAGCAAGAGGGCGCGUCAGUCCCUGGAAAAGGCCAAAUCCGUGCUUGAGGAAGAGAGGCUGCAUUUGACAGAAGAAAUCAAGAACCUUCAGGCAAGCCGCUUAGAGAGUGAAAGAGGCCGAAAGAGGGCUGACAGUCAGCUGCAGGAGCUCACCGCCCGUCUUACUCAGGCCGACAGGGAGAGGGAAGACAGGGAGGAGCGGCUGCACAAGCUGCAGUGUGAGAUUGAAGGGCUGUCAAGCAAUUUGACCUCUUCUGACUCCAAAUCUCUUCGACUAGCUAAAGAAGUUAGCAGCCUGGAGAGUCAGCUGCAUGAUGCAAAGGAGCUUCUGCAGGAUGAGACUCGUCAGAAGAUGGCCCUUUCUUCCAGGGUGAGAGCUCUGGAGGAGGAGAAGAACGGACUGAUGGAAAGACUCGAGGAAGAGGAAGAAAAAGCCAAAGAGCUGAGCCGUCAGAUACAAACACACACCCAACAGCUUGCAGAGCUCCGUAAGCAGUCUGAGGAGGUGAGCACUGCCGUGGAAACCGGAGAGGAGACACGCAGGAAGCUCCAGAGAGAGCUGGAUAGUGCUGUGCAAAAAGAGCGGCAAAAGGAGGAGGAGAAAGAGCGAGUUGAGAGGCAAAGGGAACGACUGAGGGAAGAACUGGAGGACAUGACCAUCGCCCUUCAAAGAGAGAGACAGAACUGCACUGCCCUGGAAAAGAGACAGAAGAAAUUUGAUCAGUGCCUGGCUGAGGAGAAGGCAGUGAGUGCUCGUCUGGCAGAGGAGAGGGACAAGGCAGAAGCAGACAGUCGAGAGAGGGAAACAAAAUGUCUCUUCCUGUCCAGAUCCCUUCAGGAGGUACAGGACCAAAGAGACGAGCUGGAGAGGGCCAACAAGCAGCUCCGCCAGGAAAUGGAGCAGCUCGUAAACCAGCAGGAUGACGUCGGCAAAAAUGUUCACGAGCUCGAGAGGACCAAGAGGAGUUUGGAAACAGAAGUUCAGAACCUGCGGGCACAAACCCAGGAGCUGGAGGAGGAGCUGAACGAGGCAGAGAACUUGAGGCUGAGGCUGGAGGUUAACAUGCAGGCCCUCAAGGCUCAGUUUGAGAGGGAGAUAAGCAACAACGAGGAGAAGGGAGAGGAGAAGAGGAGGGCGCUCAGCAAGCAGGUAAAAGAGCUGGAGAUCCACUUGGAAGAGGAGAGGACUCAGCGCUCUCAGGCUGUGGCAGCCAAGAAGCAGCUGGAGGCAGAGCUACAAGAAGCCGAGGCCCAGUUAGAGGCAGUAGGUCGUGGCAAAGAGGAUUCUGUCAAACAGCUCCGCAGGCUGCAGGGUCAAAUGAAGGAGAUUCUUCGCGAGCUAGAUGAGACGAAGUUAUCUCGAGACGACGUGAUCGCACAGUCGAAAGACAGUGAAAAGAAAAUACAAACACUGGAAGCAGAGGUCCUGCACCUCACAGAGGAACUGGCUGUAUCUGACAAACAAAAGAGACAGGCGCAGCAGGAGAGGGACGAGCUUUCUGAAGAGAUGGUCAACAACACCUCUGGAAAGAGCGCACUGUUUGACGAAAAGAGGAGGUUAGAGGCUCGAGUCAGUCAACUGGAGGAGGAGCUGGAAGAGGAGCAGACAAAUGCAGAGCUACUGGCAGAAAGGCAGAGGAAGACAGCCCUGCAGGUGGAGACGCUGACGGUGCAGCUUCAAGGGGAGAGGACUCUGGCUCAGAAGGCCGAAGCUUCCAGAGAGCAGCUGGAGAGGCAGAACAAGGAGCUGAGGACCCGUGUGGAGGAGCUGGAGGGAGCGGUGAGGGGCAAAAACAAACUCAGCGUCGCCGCCCUGGAGGCUAAGAUCGAUUCUAUGGAGGAGCAGCUGGAACAAGAGAGACAGGAGAGAGCCAUCACAAGCAAAAUGGCGCGGAAGACGGAGAAGAAGCUGAAAGAGGCGCUGAUGCAAGCAGAGGAUGAGAGGAGACAUGCAGACCGGUACAAAGAGCAGCUGGAUAAGUCAAUGAUCCGACUGAAGCAGCUGAAGAGGCAGCUGGAGGAGGUGGAGGAGGAGAACUCUCGCUCCAACGCUCAGAAGAGGAAGCUGCAGAGGGAGCUGGAGGAGCUCACAGACAGCAGUCAGACCAUGACGCGGGAGAUCUCAUCACUGCGCACCCAGCUCAGGCGUGCUCCUUUGCCGCUGUCGAUGCGAGGACGCAGAGCGUUGAUGGACGACCUCUCUCUAGAGAACUCUGACUCAGAGGAGCUCCCCGCUUCCCCUACCCCCUCCUCUGGACUCCCACAGAGCCUGACUCCCUCCUCAGAGCAAAGCCUGGACCCGCCUCCACCAUACAGCGUCAAUAACACAGAGUGACGCACGCAGUGACUCAGACGCAGCCUCGAACACUCAGGGGUGGAGGAGUGACACGCACAUAACAGCUCUAGUUUUAAAUAAGUCAUGCAGGAUGGAUGCAAAUAGGUGCUACAACGUUGUGCCCACGCUCUGAUUACCUUCUCAGCUUAUUAACAGGAAAAUAGAAUUUUUUGAUGUAAAAUAACACAGAAUGGCGAUUUAUAUAUUAUACUUCUCCUUCAUGCUUACGAAGAAACUAAACAAGCUCCAGAUUUUAAAGCCAAAUUAAGUUUUAAUCAGCUUAUUACAUAGUGGUUUCAGUAUAAAGAGAACCGGCUGAAGUAAGUGAUCAUGUCUUUUCCAUAACGAGGUGUUUCCAAGCCAUGAAGGGAUUAAAUAUGUGGAUCUGACUUGAAGACAAUCUAGAACAAGAUAAACUACAGACCUGAGAUAGGCAGGAAAAAAUUCAAAUGUCAGCCAUGAGGAGAGCAAUAUUGGAUCAUCAGUGUUUGAUUCGUAAAAUGUGACGCAUCACAGUUUUCACAUCCGGCAUGAAUGGGUGAUUUUUAGAUUAGAAAGGUUCUGUUGCUGGACGUGGCAGAGGGUCGGGGUAGUCUCUUUAACUUAAGUCUUAACAUAUUCCUUCAGAAACAUCUCUAAUUUAUUUCCAGCGUGAAUCUGUGCUGCUCGGGGCUCCGUCUUCUGCAAAUCAGUUUUAUUUCAAUGCCUGCAGGAUCUCAGAGGUGAAUGUGCAUGGGAGGAAAUGUAUGUCUGCAGUUGAAAAUAAAAAAAAAAGAAAAAGACAGAAACCGAAGAUUCAUGUUAAUUCAUCUUUUUUCUAUCCGAAGCGGCAAACUCAUUUUCUUAUCUUACUCUGAAACAGACACUGUGUUGAUUUGACUGCACUGAUGAUGAGCCGUAUAAAUUAUUGAUCAAAGCAAAGCUUUUGUGUUUAACCAAACAGUGGGCGUAUGGAUGAGAGAAGGGAUGUGAAUUAGUAGUAUGCAUAGUGUAGCAGCAUAAUUCAGUAGAUUUGGGGGCGGGGGUUGGGGUGGGCAGCUUG